CUCUUCUACAUGCAGGUUUUGACCAACUUUGGUUUUCACAGCAAUGGAAUUUUUCCUCUCCAGGAUGGAAAGUAAGAACCUCUUCCUAAGCCUUUUGCUCUGCUACAGCUUGCUCAGAGCUGCCGAUUCUCAUCUGAUAAUUGAAGAGAAGAGAGAAUGCAACCUGUCAAGGAGCACCAAAAUGCAUCUCCAAGAUCUCCCGCACAUCUCCAUAGUAGAUUUAACUAAAAGAUCCCAGAAAGUCAGCAAAAAAGAGAACAGGAAAUCUUCCAAGAAACACGCUGAACCGAAGACACCUCCGAAGCCAAGGCCCACACCAGCUGCUGACUGCGUGCCAAACUUCAAAACCUGCAAACCACACUUGAAUUCAUGUUGCCACUACUGUGCUUUGUGCAAAUGCCGAAUUUUUCAGACCAUCUGCCAAUGUCUAAUGUUAAGCCCAAAGUGCUAAACCAAACUGGGAAC